UUCAAAAAGAAAGUGAAGUGAAAGAAAUGAAUUUACGAGAAUAGGUCGCAUAGAUUUUUGGUUGAUUUCCUUUUCACUUUGCUUUCAUAUUCUCAUUAAGAUCUAAUAAACUCGUGUUAUUUUGUAUUUCUGGUUAUACUUUGAUUCAGCGAGUCUCGGUGCCGUAACACCGAACACAAGAUAAGUACGAGAGUGAACAGCAUCUUAUUGAUUUUCUUCCUUGCAUAUGCUUUCAACCAACGCGAAGUGGUGUAAUUACAACUAGCGAAGAACUCAUGAUCUAAUUGGAAUACGCGUUCAUUUAUGUAAUAAGUCACAUAUCGUGUGACAUUUCUCCUAAUUCGGUGUAAACAGGAAUCAGUAAAAAUGAUGGCAAAUUCACUUGACACCGUAAACGCGAAUCAACCCACGCAAAAUGGUAGCAAGUUGCAGCCCUGCCAUAACGAGUCCAAGACAAAUCUCAUAGUGAAUUACUUACCACAAACGAUGACUCAGGAGGAGAUCAGAUCAUUAUUCUCAAGUGUUGGUGAAGUAGAAAGUUGCAAGCUCAUCAGGGACAAAGUGACAGUAUUCCCUGACCACAUCCUGAACGGACAGAGCCUGGGGUACGCUUUCGUCAAUUACCAUAAGGCAGAAGAUGCUGAGAAAGCUGUGAACACACUCAAUGGCUUGAGAUUACAGAACAAGAUCAUUAAAGUUUCUUAUGCUCGCCCAAGCUCUGAUGCGAUCAAAGGCGCCAACCUAUACGUGUCUGGUCUGCCUAAACACAUGACUCAACAAGAAUUGGAGAAGCUCUUCAGUCCAUUUGGCACAAUCAUCAGCUCACGCAUACUCCAUGAGAAUGUGAAUGUUGGUCACUUACUGCAGGGAGGUGGGGAUGAGCAGACGAUCCAAGGACCUUCAAGAGGAGUCGCUUUCAUACGCUAUGACCAGAGAACUGAAGCUGAAUGUGCUAUACGUGAGUUAAAUGGCUCUAUACCCCCAGGUGGCACACAACCCAUAACAGUUAAGUGUGCAAACAAUCCAAGCAAUCAGAACAAGGCCCUGGCCCCAUUAGCUGCUUACUUAGCCCCCACAGCUUCACGUCGGUUCGUCGGGCCUGCUGGCAAAGCUCUUCUCGCCAUCAACAAGGGUCUACAACGAUUUUCUCCCUUAGCUGAUCCCCUCAUCCAAGGUAAUGCUCUAGGAGGUUCAGGUUGGUGCAUCUUUGUCUACAACAUUGGUGCUGAUACAGAAGAAAGCAUCCUCUGGCAGCUCUUCGGCCCCUUUGGUGCUGUCCAAAGUGUGAAAAUCAUCAGAGAUCCAACCACCAACAAAUGCAAAGGGUAUGGUUUUGUAACAAUGACAAAUUAUGAUGAAGCUGUUGUUGCCAUCCAGUCGUUGAACGGAUACUCGCUCAAUGGCCAAGUACUGCAGGUCAGCUUCAAAACGAACAAAAGUAAAUCUUAAGCUUUGCAAAGUCUAGUCAAUAAAUUGUAGCUAAUUGCAAAAAUGUUGAUCAUUACUCUGUCAUGGUUUGACAUCAGGCACUUGAUUUAGUUUACGGAUUGAUUGUGAUGCGAAUCAUGACAUGAUUUGAACCAGUGUAAGAAGUACAAACCUACAACUAUCAUCACAUUAUUGCUACACUGAAAUAGGGAAUUUUUUUUUUGUAUUUACUAAAUGAGUGGCAACUUCAACUUAACUGUUUAAUAUUUAUGACUUACUAAUUUUGUGCCUGUACUCAUGAGAAGUAAAAGCGAGACGUGCAAUUAAUUUGUGCAGUUUAGUGCUUAUUAUGUGUGUUCCAAUAAAAAGAUUUUCAUGGACACGAAUUUUGCAUUUUGUUUAAAAAUACAAACAUUGGGUUUGCUCAAACAAGCCAAGAUUGUGUCAAUAGAUGCUGGAUGUCUGUUGAUGCGGAAAAAAUGCAUGUCUCGCUUUUCUUGAACAAUUGUUGUAAUAGAUGUUUUCUUAUCAUUUGCCCACUUAUUACGUAGGCAAUAAUAUUGACCUGAUUUUGUAUAGGAGCCAUACCUAUAGCGUAAUCCUUGAAAUAACACCAUUACUUGGUGUUAAUUUUCUCUUUUGAUAUAGGUUGUACGGUCUAAGUAAGACUAUAUAAUAUAAAGUUUUAUAAGGCCAACAGAAUUUCUAGUAGUUUUCUGGCAAUAACAUAUUUUUAAAGACAAACUACAGUGCAAUAAACUUUUUACUGUAAGUAAAAAUAAAAAAUAUAUAAUUGAAAGAUAUAUACAAUAUUAUGUAUAUUAAACCCAGUGCAAUUAUACCCCACAUCUAUAGUAUAUUGGAAAUACAGAAUAUUUAUUAUGUAUACACUUUUGCAACUACCAAAGAGUCAGAAUAUAUAAAAAUGUGACUGAUAAAAAUAACACUUGAUUGAAAUAAGUGACAUUUUGUGUGUAAUUCUUCCAUGCUGUAAAGAAAUAAAAGUUACUCCAUCUGACUGUUAAUCAAAUAAAUAUUUAAUAAUUUUGUUUACAUCUUUAUAAUUCUAAUUUUCGCCAAUAGUAUAUCUAACAGUCAUAGAAUUUGAAUACAAUUUGCAUUUAACUCAGGGUCAUGUAACUUGUUUAAGUAACUCUUGUAUCUUCCUACUCAUUAUGUAGGUAUUAGUAAAAGUUGUCCAGUUGUCUCUCUCGAGAUUAACUUAUGCACAAAGUCAUAAAUUAAUGUGAGUGUUUAACUUAAUCGUCAUUAAAUGUGUUUAUUUCAAUAAUCGUACGUAAAAUUUUGUACCUAUUUUUAAGACGCAAAUCCAUUAAUGGACAAAUUUGCGAAAAGACAUCGAAAAUUUGAAUAGUUUUAAAAUCAAAGUGAGAUGUUUUUCGAUAUAUUUGUUCUUUAAAUGUAUGUGCUUCUUAAGCUAUAUUAGUAAUAGUAAUAUUUACAUUAUUAUGUAUUCAAUAAUCUUCAUUAUUUUAGCUUGUUUCAAAUAUGGCACUGCUAACAUAUAGGGAUUCAAUUUAUUUACUAGCUGACGAGGCUUUUGCCGAUUUAACUAUUAAGUGUACAAUACUGUAUUCAAUAAUAAUUGUUGUAAUCUACUAAAUGUUUUACUGUUUAUCUUCCAACUUCAUGGAGUCCAGUUGAUACCCAUAUAGAAAUGGAGAUAAUUUAGGUACAAUUAAUUAUAUAAAUAAAAUAUUGAUUAUAUUAAAUAUGGCAGUGUCAUAAAAUAAUUUGAUUUAAAUGUUCCAAAUAAACGAAUCUCUCAGACUUACAACCACCUAAAUAUAAAAUCUCAAUCAAAAUUAUGAAGUUGAAAGGACCAUGACAAAAAUACUGUAACUAGAAUUGAUCAACAUUUUAUUGAACUAAAUUUUGUAUUGACUAAAAUAUUUGGGCGCACGAUUUACGGUGGAAGUCAAAUAAAGUAGUGUCCCAAGCAUUUCUCGUAUAUAUACUUAAAUGUCUCAAUUGUUAUACAUGUUUCAAUGAUAUCUUAUAAAACGCGAUGUGCAAAUGAGAAUAUUUGACUUCUACAACAUGAUAUUGUCUCUCUAAUUCUUUUAAUUGUAUAAUCACCUAUUUAUUAUUACAUUUAAGUAAUUUAUAAUUCAUUAUAUAAACAUAAUUUAUUGUCAUAAUCGUAAUAGAAAUAUAGAUUUCAUUUUGAUGUUAUAAUUAAUAUAUUGAAUAUUAGUGUAAGUUCAAAAUUAGUUGAGUAAAUGUACUCGAUAUCGAACAUUAUACCUAUCUCAUGAUUUGUAUUGUUCUGGGACUUGAAACUGGUACUUAUGGGUACUGGAAUAUUCUACCCGAAAUACCGGUAAUUCGUACCUAGAUAAUUAUAUACUUCUCAAAAUGUAUUCGGACGUUUUAAGAGCAUUAGUGGAUCAUUUCAGCAUUAGUGACAUUUGCUAUUGAAAUACUCUCAACUGAUCAAAAGUCGGUACCAAAUAAGUACCAGUACUUCUGUACCACCGGUCCCUAGAUGAUACCGGUUUUUCAAGUCCUGUUUGUUCCAGAUAUUUGUAUUGGUAGUAUCUAUAACUACAUAGUUAAAUUAUUCAUAGAUAACAAUAAAAUGCAUAUCAUAUAAAAGAACUACUGAGGUGUGAGAUUCUCAAAGUAGAUGGGCUUGUUAAUGCAUUUUGGAAUAAGUAUUUUCGUUUAAUGUCUAUAAUACUACUAAGGAUAAAUGUUUCAUUAAGAAUAAUCAUUAUUUAUUUAAAGUACUUAACUACACGGAACUAGUCAGUUAUAAUUUUGCGCAACAUAAAAUUUUAGGUAUAAUACUUAUUUAAGUAUUUAAAAAAAACUGUGUUCUCUAAUUUAAAAUGUAGCUUAGGGAUUUGAGUUUAAAUUAUGUUGGUGUGGUGUUUGGUUAACAUAAGUAUAACAUACCCUUAUGGAGCACACAUUACA